CCGGCGCCCGGGCUGGCGGAGCCGAGGCAGAGCGAUGCGCGCUGUGGGGCGGACGCCGGCAGCCCCCGGGGCGCAGGAGCAUGUGGGCGCUGCGGGCCGCCGGGCUGCUCUGCCUGCUGCGGGCCGCCGCGGAGGGGCCUUGCCCGCGGCCAGCCCUCCCGCCUGACACGGUGCUGAGCACCGUGGGAGCAAAUGUCACCCUGCCCUGCCUGCAGUGGCAGCCGGAGCCAAAUGGCACCGUCAGCUGGAAGGUGGAGACCCAGGCUGUGAGUUCGGAACGCGCAGUGCUGGGGCCCAGCCUGCUGCUGCGCCUGGUGCAGGGCAACGACUCGGGCAGGUACAGCUGCUAUGUGGGCGGCUGCCUGGUGCGCUCGCUGCGGCUGCUGGUGGAAGAGCCCCCGGAGCCGCCCAGCUUCUCCUGCUACCGCAGGAGCCACGUCAAGGACAUCCUGUGCGAGUGGCAGCCGCAGCGGAGGCCGUCGCCCCGGACCAGGGCCGUGCUGUGGGUGAAGAAGUGGCUGACGGGGAAGAACGCCACGGAGCAGCGCUGCCGCUACUUCCCCAAGGUGGAGAAAUUCACGUGCAGGAUCACGGUGCCGCCCAGCGAGGACGACACCUUCCUGCUGGUGUCUGUGUGCGUCAGCAACGGGGCAGGGAGCACGGUCAGCAAGGACCAGGUCAUCUCGGCCAACCGCGUCUUGAAGCCGGACCCCCCGGUGAAUGUGCUGGUGGACCCGGUGGAGAGUGCGCCCCAGAAACUGCGUGUGAACUGGACAUAUCCUCCCUCCUGGGACCCCAAGUUCUACCGGCUGCACUUCCAGGUCCGGUACCGGGCUGAGCGCUCCCAGAGCUACACGGAGAUCGACCAGUUAAGAGAAACGUCCCUGGUGAUCCAUGAUGCCUGGCACGGCGCACGGCACAUGGUGCAGGUGCGGGGGCUGGAGGAGUUUGGCCAUGGCUCGUGGAGCGAGUGGAGCCAGGAGGCCGUGGGCACCCCAUGGGCAGAUCCCAUCGGCCUUGAGUGGCAGACAGGAUCCUACAGCUCGCAGUUCCCCUCGGAUUAUGAUUUCUACACCGACACAUUCACGUUCCCCCCCGGGCUCUAUGGCACAGAGGGCACUAACGAGGGGGGGCUUGGUGUCGGCGACCACUCCACCGUGCCCCUGUACACGUUCCUGGUCACCGGAGGGAGCCUGUUCCUGGGCACCGGCCUGCUCGCUGGCAUCGUGCUCAGGUACAAGAAGAAAUGGAGGAGGGGCUCCCUGGGCCAGGGCAAGGCCAGCGCCGUGGUCCAGCACCCCUUGGUGCCGCUGGCUCCGCCGAGCCCCACGUCCCCGCUGAGCGAGGCCCCGCUCCUCUCCCCUCCGGCAUCGCCAGGCAGCGUCGGCUCCACGGGCACCCCUGGCAGCGGGGACUUCGGCCCCUUCGAUGUCACCAACAUGGAUUAUCUCCUGGUCCCCCAGUAGCCAGGGAACCAGCGUUGCCAGCCUGUGCCGCACUGACCGCCCCAGCAGGCGCCACGGCAGGGGCCAGCCUGGCCCUUAACAAUAGCGCUCCCUCUGCCCCGGCGGGCUGGAGCCGCUCUCAGCCACUGCCGGUGGGUCCAGGACCUCUGCUCCCUGUCCUCCCUGGGAGACGGACCCGCGCCCGCUGGCAGCGAUGCCCUGAUCUGCACCCAGGCACCCCGAGCCAGCGUUUCCCAGGGGGGUUUGGCCGGGCCCUGCCUGUGGGUGGGGCCGGCGCCCCAGGAGCGAUGCAGCGGCCCCAGUUCCGGGAGAGGGGCAUUAGCUGGGCAUUCAGGGCACUGCCCCUUGGCCAGGCGCUCGCCGGGGAAGUCAGCUGCAGGGCUGGGCCGAGGGCCAGCAGUGCCCCGGACUCCAGGCUGACAGCAGAGCUAGGUGGGCGCAGCCGCCCCGUCCGAGGGAGCAGGGGCACCCGAGCUGUGGGAUAACUCAGGGCCACCCCGGCAGUAGUGGGCCACGCCGGGCACCGAGCGCUGCUGUGGCUCCAGCCCAGUGCUCCCCCCCUUGUAGGGGGCUGGAGGUGCCAGGCAGCCGCAGAACGAGAGACCCUGGGGUGGGGAGCUCCCCAUCUGUCUGGAUGGGUGGGGGCCGAUGGACAGCGGCUCAGCAUGGGGGGGCAGGACGUGCCCAAGCUCACCCAGGGCUCCUGCUGCCCAGCCCAGUGCCCUCCCCACCGGGCCUCACCCCCUCCCUGCAGCUGCUUGCGUGUGGCCGUAACAAAUGCUCGUUUGUUGGGCAUGUGACGGGCCUCCCCCCCCGCCCCUGGGGCAGCGCUGAGGGUUGGAUUCUCCCCCCCAAAAUCAAACUGGUGUUUGUGUUAAGAACGUUUUGUACAGGAAGAGCCGUGUGUUGGCCACCGUGUGUCCAAUAAAUGUUUUUUUUUAC